AUGCCUUAUAUGGAGGAUCAUGAGAGUGACGAAUUGUGCAUACUGCCUCCUCCGUUUGAACCCAUCGGGCCAUCUUACGAAGGUCCUCCAUACGAGGAGUCGGUCUUGCAUAAGUCGUUCCACUGGUCGAAUACCUCGGCAGUUGCAGACCUUCUUGGCAGGAUCGCGGGGACUGUUUUCGACAAUCAGCUACGCCACAACCUACCGAAGACUCUUCCCGACGGCGUCGCCAAUGCCGUCGUUGCUAGUGUUACAGCGAUCAAGUCACUUUCGCCCGAAGUGAAGGCCGUCGUCAUCGAGGCAUACGCAAAAAGCUUGCAGCCAGUUUUCAUCCUUGGCGUUCCUGCUGGAAUUUUGGCGUUGUUGUCAGCAAUUCUUGUCCCCAAUUACAACAUCAUGGAACACGGUGGAUCGACACUCCAUGCCAGCAUGGCAUAG